UCCAUGGAGUUUAUAUUGGCACUCAAAAAUGCUUCACUCAAUGACCAGGUUGCAAAACUUAGUACUGAUGCUCUUGAGAGGUUGCAGAACCCCCCUGAUGAGGUCAUUACCAUCAAGAAUGCAUCCCAACAGGUGUACAACCAUGUCUGCAAAGCAGCCUGCAUUGCCUUCGAGGGCACCCCAGCUGCAGACUCCAUUCUCAGCUUCUAUAACAUCAAAGAAGUUAUUGCUACCUACACCAGGGUCAUCUCCAUUGAGCACAACAUGUGUCGCAACUUCUGCAUCACCUAUACCAGGCCUUUUUCUCAUCUCAAGGCCUGCCCAAUGUGUCACACUUCUUGA